CAAAAUUCCCAAAAUAUCUUCUCUAUACAAAAAUGGCGGUUUCUCUCCCAAGUCUUCACUUUGGCUACUUUCUAUUCUAUACUGUAUGUUUCAUCAUUACUUUUUGAAGUUGAUUUGUUUUUCUUUUUUUACUCUACUUUUCUUUGUUUUCUCUACUUUAAAGUCUAUAAAGUAGAGAUGAGAAUUGGACUUUAUAGACAAGAAUUGGGAGAUGAGCUUACGUGUUGGUCAAAUGUCGCUGAUUAAUUUGGAGCUUUAUAUUAGAUCAGAUUCAUGUGAGUGAGCUAUGAAAUUGGGCCAAUGGCAAUAUCGAGUGGGAGGCACUAGCGUUGAGAGAGAAGAGCAGCUUUUAAACAUCGUAGAAGAGCCCAAUUACUUCUGCCCCAUCAGUUUUGGUUCGAUAUUUUUUUUCUUUUGUCCGUGUUUAAUUGCCACCGGCCGUCCGUCAUCCGCCGCCGAUUCAGACGAUCGCCUGCUUCCGCGCUCAAAAAUGUCUAUCUCCGUCUCAGUUCCAUCCACCUCCCUCCGACGCGAUUCCGACUCUGAUCCUCUGUUGGCUACCAGAAAUCGUGUUCAGACCUCUGAGUACAUGCAUCAUACCACAAUUAGCAGAGAUGCUAUGCUUUUAAUUUUGCUAUGAGGAUGAAGAUGCUGCCUCAUUCAACAAGCCUGCAUGUCACAAGAGAAGAUAUUCUAUGAAGUCUAUCAGUUGCUUUGGCGUUCAAUUAACUCCAGAUACAAUUGCUGUAGCCAUGGUGUAUUUUGUUCAAGGGGUUUUGGGCCUAUCCAGGCUAGCAGUCAAUUUCUAUUUGAAAGAUGAACUGCAUCUCGAUCCUGCAGAGACAGCCAUCAUAUCUGGUGUAUCGUCUUUACCUUGGCUUGUCAAACCAUUGUAUGGGUUCAUCAGUGAUUCCUUCCCACUCUGUGGCUAUCGAAGGAGGUCAUAUUUGGUAUUGUCUGGACUCUUAGGAGCUUUCUCAUGGAGUUUGAUGGCUACCAUUGUCGACAGCAAGUAUGGUGUUGCCUUUUGCAUACUUCUAGGAUCUCUCUCAGUAGCAUUUUCUGAUGUAGUUGUCGACUCUAUGGUUGUGGAGAGGGCGCGUGGUGAAUCACAAACUGUGUCUGGUUCACUUCAGUCUUUAUGCUGGGGUUCUUCUGCUUUUGGUGGGAUUGUAAGCUCCUACUUCAGUGGCUCCUUGGUGGGUGCUUAUGGUGUGAGAUUUGUCUUUGGAUUAACAGCUUUGCUUCCCUUAAUAACAUCUGCUGUUGCGGUCCUUGUGAAAGAACAGCCACUCCAUGGCUCGGCAAGAGGACUUAUUUUGUCGGACUCUACUGCCUGUUUAGGAAGCUCGAAAAAUAGCUUACUUCAAUUAUGGGAUGCCGUAAAGCAACCCAAUGUGUUUCUGCCUACCUUAUUUAUCUUCUUGUGGCAAGCAACACCACAGUCUGAUUCUGCCAUGUUUUAUUUCAUUACAAAUAAACUUGGAUUUACCCCUGAGUUUCUAGGACGCGUGAAACUUGUGACUUCCAUUGCGUCACUGGUUGGUGUUGGGUUUUAUAACGGGUUCUUGAAAGGUGUUCGUUUGAGGAAGAUAUUUCUGGUGACUACUGUUAUCGGUUCAGUUCUUGGGAUGACUCAAGUUUUCCUUGUCACUGGAUUGAAUCGGAAGUUUGGCAUAAGCGAUGAGUGGUUCGCAAUUGGCGACUCCUUGAUUUUAACAGUUCUUGGUCAGGUUUCAUUCAUGCCUGUUCUAGUCUUAGCGGCAAAGCUAUGCCCAGAAGGCAUGGAGGCGACUCUUUUUGCGACCCUAAUGUCGAUUUCCAAUGGUGGUAGUGUCCUCGGGGGUCUAAUAGGAGCCGGCCUAACUCGAUUAUUUGGAGUCACAAAGGAUAAAUUUGACAGUUUAACUUUUCUGAUAAUCCUUUGCAAUCUUAGCUCAUUGCUGCCUUUGCCUCUACUCGGCCUCCUCCCCGAAAAUACAGCAGAUGACGACAGUGAUAUUGAAAUGAAAUCUAACUAAACUUUGGUUAUGCAAACAAUUGGAAAAACUAAGUGUAAUUGAAGCUUUGUGGCACGUUGGUACUUGUUACACGGUUGGUGCUAAUGAAAAAUAAAAACUGCUGUUGAGGGUUAUAUGACAUAACAGCUUAUUUGGUCACGUUGUAUUGUAAUUAGUGGAUACCCUUGCCUAUUUUGUUGAAACUAACAAUGAUACUUUUCACUUCUAUCUCAAAACAUUGUUGAGCCAUUAAGAGACUAUCAAAAAAAGUGAUGUUACUCGUUUCAUACAUCAAAUUGAUUUUUUGAUUUCCCAUCUCUUUUACUAAUUUACUUACAAUAUCAAUAUUUUGAAAGAAAAUUUGCUACUUUAGAACUACUAAGAACACA